AUGAUCGGCCAAUCGACGCGGCGGCCGCUGAGCAGCUGGAGAGCUGUCCUCAGGCGCAGCCGCCAGCUCCGACAACACCAGCACCAGCACCAGCUACCCCCAUUCCGCACGAUGGCUACCGCAACCACCACCGCCAACACCACCGCGUCCUCGCCUCCGCCGCCGCCGCCUCCGUCGGCAGCCGAUAUAAAGCUCCCGAAACCCAAGAUCUCGGAAGCGAUAGGCCGCCGCCGCCGCCGCAACAGCAGCAGCAGCACCGACGCAGUUUCGCUAACGCACUCCUCGCGGCACGGCGGCGCAGACAGGGCGAAAUCGAACCGGCCGCAGAAGCCGGUGCGCAGCGCGUUCGCGGUGUACCCGCGGGUGGCGUCGGCGCGGGCGGCGGAGCCGGCGGCGCUGCUGGCGUACCAUGCGCAGCAGCAGCGGCGGCUGGACCGGACGGGGGCGCGGGGGGCGCUGUUCGCGAAGGGCAACGCGGACGCGGCGAAGCCGGGGGACGUGCUGCAGGUGACGACGCGCGGGGGGGGCGGGGGCGAGCCGUUCGCGGGGGUGUGCCUGGUGAUCCGGCGCGCGGGCGUGGACACGGCGGUGCUGCUGCGCAACCACGUCGCCCGCGUCCCCGUCGAGAUGUGGUUCAAGAUCUACAGCCCCAACGUCGCCGGCAUCGAGAUCGUCUGGCGCCGCCCCAAGCGCGCCCGCCGCGCCCGCCUCACCUACAUGCGCAAGCCCAAGCACGACAUGGGCAACGUCGACCACCUCGUCGACGCCUGGCGCCGCACCCGCAACGUCUUCACCUCCAAGGGCCGCGGCGCCGCCGGCAAGGGCGCCAAGGGCGCCAGGCCCGGCGCCAGGCGCUGA